AGCACCGGAGCUAAAACCCUAACCAAUAGCACGCCCCACCAAACUGGAACCCCGAAAAUGGCGCCGGCGCCGGAAUCGACCGCCGCGGCCGCCGGCCGCAAGCGCAAGAAGCCGCACGGGCCGUCCAAAACCCUCGUGAAGAAACGCUCGAAUCCCGAAUCGACGUCCGGUAAGAAGAAGAAGGAGAAGCAUAAGCAUACGGCGUAUAAGGAGAAGAAGCCGGGGCCAACAGGUCCGCACGCCAAGAAACCAGCCGAGCCGGAGGCCGCCGCCGGAGAUGGGGCCGCAGGGGGAGGGGUCCUUCUGUCGGCGUCGAUGCCGCCGGCACGGCAGCUCGAGUUCUUCCUUCGCAGCUUCGAGCGCGCCGUCAAGAUGCGCCUCUCACCCCUCGAGCUCGAUUCCUACUCAGAAGGGUGCAUGGUUCAGCUCGAUGAGGGAAGCGCCCAGGAUGUGGAUAGCUUUGGUGAACAUGUGAAGGGGGCAUUCGGCGCGUCGUGGAAGGAGGAACUCUGCGAGGGGCAGGUUGUGGAGGGUGAGAUCGGCGUGGGCAGCCCAGCGCUCCUGGUUAUCAGCUCGGCUGCUCUGCGAUCCUUAGAGCUUCUGAGGGGCUUAAAAACGUUUACCAAAGAAUGCCGCCCAGUAAAGCUCUUUGCUAAACACUUGAAAGUGGAGGAGCAGGUGGCGAUGCUUAAUGCUCGAGUAAAUAUUGCCUGUGGUACACCAAGCAGGAUCAAGAAACUAAUUGACAUGGAAGCUUUGUCCUUGUCACGCUUGAAACUAGUGGUCUUUGACAUGCAGAAAGACACGAAGUCCUUCAACUUGUUUACGCUACCACAAGUCAGCAAUGAGUUCUGGGACUUAUACAAGGGCUACCUAGAUCCAAAGGUCCGAGAAGGGAACACACGGAUAUGUUUCUACGGUGCUGUGUCCGAGAGAGACAUCACCAAAGCACUUCCCCCUGCUGAGUAAAUGUCUGCACGAGUCCAAUUGUAUGUGAGCGAUAUGUCUUUCUACAGACUAAUAUAACCUUUGUUAAAGCAGGUUUUGAUGAGAUUAAGAAGUUAGGAAUUUUGGGUGUGUUCUUUUGCUCCCCGAGUGUUUUUGCCCCCCUGUUAAUUGUGUGUAAUGUAGUUGGUGCAAGUGUAUACAAAGGGCUCAGAGCCCUGGUGAACUGGCAAUGCCUCAGUCUUGACCGUCAGAGUGGUUUCAGGAGGUGAGCACAGGUUAUGCUGGAAACAGAUUGCUUGGGAUCUGCAGUAAAAUUGCGUAAACUUGUUCAGGAA